AUACAAAACCAAGAACAAGAUCAAAUUAUAUUUACGAUUUGUUGCCAUCGAUACGAUUUUUCUAAUAACCUGAUCUAUUUUUCCGUCGUAGUUAAUACCUUCAUAACAUUGAGCCUCUAUCGUAAUGAUACACCCCUGAGCAUCUUGAAUCACGUACCCGACAUAUUUAUAACUUCCCUUGCCGUAGCUCCGUGGAAGAACUCAAUCCCUUGGCAUGGGAAUCUGUAACAAGGAGGUUUUUAGAGACCCUAAUUUCCUCUCUUAGACAUGCAAACAUUAAUUUUCACUUCCCUGGUAAAUGAGAAGAAUCGCUCUUCCCAUCAAAAUGAUCAAAUACGAAAAGGAAUAAAACGUCCCGUUCCAACUUACCCCUAUUACCGGACUCUGUUUCCGGUUGUACAAUGGAUCCGGCCGAUUCUCAUUACCCUUUUUACCUUUAUGCAGGCUAAUUAUUUAUAACUCCAUUGGGCCUUCGUCCACGGAGCCGCAUCCAUAAGCCCAAUCCAAUCAGUAGUUGGAUAUCCGCGUACGUCUACCGCUAGGAAACCUCCGCCAGUUGGCGCGUCGUGUUACUUCGAUACCCUAAAUAGUCAAAAAAGCACACGCAAAAUAACGAUUGGCCAGCCUGUAAGAACAAGGGUAAUUCCGGUAUUCCGUACGAAUCACCCGACCUAGAUGAGUCGGUGAUCUCAGAUCUCGCCCCAGUCUAUAAAUAUGCCUCCUUAAUGCCUUUGCCCCUUCUCAUUCUCUCUCUCUCUCCCACAGCCGCAAGCCUAUUAUUAGUCGGAAGUUUCGGGCGAGAAAAUUUUCUAGGGUUUCCGUAGUCUUGCGGUUGGGGAUUUUGGCCGGAGUCGGGAUCCGAUAGGAAGAGAAAAGGCGCGGAAUCUUCGAUUCAGUUUGCGUGUUGCGUCUCCUUUAUCCGAGUUUUCUUGUCGAAGGAAAGAGAGAUUCAGAUGGCUCGAUGCUUUCCUUACCCGCCUCCAGAGGGCUACUUGGGGAUUGGUGGUGGUGGUGGUGGAAGGACUUUGCUGGGAGGACCGAUUAAGCCCCAUGCUGAGACAGAGAAGCAUGUCAAAAAGGACACUGAAAAGUGGCUGAAACGCAAGUCUAAUGGGAGUCAUAAGGUGGAAGAAACCAAAUCCAAAAGGAUCAAGUUCACCACCAAGGGUGGUGGUAGUACUUCUCAAAAGAAGGAUAGUAAAGAAGAGGGAGCCGAAAGCAGUGGCGUAACUGAAGAGCAUGGCCUCCCUGUCUUUAGCCAAAGCCCUUGUCAUUCUUCCGAAUCAGUCCGUGUCUUAAAUGAAAGGCCUACAGCAGCUGAGAAUACCUUGGAGAGGAAACGAAAUGUUAUUAAAAUAAAACUGAAUGCCCCAAAGCCCGAAGAACCAGUAAGUACAGAACAGAUUGGUCAACCUUCUACGAGUUCUUCCCAGCAGAAGAACAAUGAUGUCAGUGAAAGACUUCCCCACCCGCCAUCCACAUCUGACCUGCGGAAGAAUGAAAAAGAUGUUUCUGCCGAAGUUGGAAAGACUCCGAUACAUGUUUCUUCUGGGUCCAAGAAGAGGUCUGGGUCCAAGAAAACGUCGAAACAAGAUCUCUAUGAGUCUCUGACCAGUGGUUGGAUGCCCCCUGCUCUUCAGUCUGGGCAGUCGGAACCUGGAGUGGAGCUUGAUUGGCUCUUUGCCUCCAGAAAGCCAGGCAGCCUAAGUACUAGUGAAGGGUCGAAGAUCGUCUCUUCAUGCAGUGCUGCAAGCUCAUGUACUGCAGUGUGGCCUAGGGCUCAGUUCUUGCCCGAAGUGGAAGUUUAUUCAUUGCCCUAUACGGUUCCAUUUUGAUCUAGAACCAAUUAGGCAAAGAGUGUAAUGCGCCCGUUGUGUUUUUGAGAGGUACACCCUGGGCUGCUCGUCAGGAAAGAAAGAAGAAACUUAGAUGAUUCCUAACGAUAGGUUUUUUAGGAUUAGAUUGAUUGACCCUUCUGUACAGAAAUUUGUUUUUGUACGAUCUAGUGCAAUUCUUUUACACUUAAUUCGUGACUGUUGGGGGUUCCCAAUCCUUCAUCAAUCUGCAGUGUAUUUAUAUAACAUAAAUUGUGAUUGAAUCCUAUUACCGCCUACAGGCCACAACUGGUGUUGGAGACAGUCAACAUCUUGUAAAUGAGUUGAUAAAGUCAUUUUGUUUUUUGUCAUCAAGAACCAUCCUGAUUCCUGUACCAACAAGUAACAGGAUCAGCAAAAACCACAAACUGUACUCCAACUAUUCGAAAACCCCAAAGUUGUAUUCAAUGAUGUAAAUCCGCAGCCACUACCUACACAGCAACAAAUCAACUUCAGCAGCUAGUAGUGCAUUUCCCAUGGACAGAUGCUCUACAUCUCGACCCCUUUCAACACCCUGCAGGUGCAAAAUACCAGCAGCUUGAAGGCUCUCCUCUCUGGUAGAUCGAGCAAAUAAGAGUUCAAAUGAUCUCUCGACUCUAAAUUGACAUCACAUAGAGCACUUCCCCCAUUUUUAGUCACUCAUUUAACCGGCUUAUCCCUUGUGGUGAUUCUGUAGAGCGAGAUUAGCCAGGAUAACAACUCAAUACGAUCAAGGUAAAUGCGAGUGAUGCUAACUCUUGAUUAUGAAGUAACUUGGACUAAACAUUUAAAUAAAUCCCAAUUCGAUCAAUGAUUAACUCAAAACAUCAUCUCGAGACAUUUAAUCAUAUUCCUUCCAUCAAUUACUCACCCAAAACUUCUCAAAACAAAUUCAUUACCUGUGGUGUAAGGUAGAGUCCUAACUAGGGAACGACGGUCACGUAUGUAUGGGUACAACCGUGGAAACAAUGAAACUCACGAAACAAACAUAUAAUCGAGUAAAUUAGAUGGAAAGUAGAGUCCUAACUAGGGAUGGCAAGAUAAUCCUCAGCGUGAGUACCCAAUUGAAUCCAAAACAAUUUUGUCGGAAACUUGAACCGAUAUUAUUUUUUAGUGACUUUUCCCUGAAAACAAUUAAGUAUUAGAACCAAAUCCACCUGAAUAUGUGUUAUAAGUUAUAACUAUGUUCUAGUCUCAUUCUCUUUAAUACUUCGUUCAUCUAUAUCCUUAAAACAUUAUAAUUAUUUUGUAGAUCUAAAAUCUUGUUCAUUUUCUAUUAGUUUACAAACAACGGGACAAAAAAACUUCAUUUUGCAUUGACUUCGAAAAAAUAUUUUAGAUUAUUUAAAACGUUAUACAUGAUUGUUCAUGGAUGAUGCAUGUGAGUUUCUCCAAACCGCAUAAUGAGGGCUCGUUUGGAGAAUCAAAGUCAAAAUCUCUAGAUUGUAAACAAUCCGAAGAUUCUAAUUCGCCGGAUUGUUGUAAAUUUUUUUAUUAUUAUUUUGUAAACGCGAUUGUUGACAUGCACAUCGGCGGAUCCAGGGGAGGGCCACACUGGGCCAGGGCCUAGCCCUCCCAGCCCUCCUGGAGUCCUCGCCUGUUAGAGAGGCUAUGCUUUCAGCAUUCUCAACACUUUGAACCUAGCCCUCUCUACCCAUUAAAUAAAAAACCCAACUCCAAAAGACCAAAAGUCCAAAAGCCAAAUUUCAAUUAAUCUCUUUGCCCCAUCCGUUUUACCUGCCGCCAAAAAAUCAAAGGGGAAAGGAUCCCAUUCUUUGUCUGCGCGCCAUCCGCACUUUUCGCUGCUCCGGCGAAAUACUCUUGCUGCGACGCUGCUUCCUUACACAAAAGAUGACCAACAACCUAGCUCCCAACGAACCCAGCCUCCCAUUUUUCGUCCUAUCUCUUCUUUAGUUGGAUAAUGGUUAGUUGCUUAAGAGAUAUGAAUGAGUAAUUUUGUGCAUUAAUGUAAAAAUUCAUAUUUGGCUUUUCUCGUAUAUCGUCUCGUGUAGUAUUUAUAUCCAAUUCUAUUUAGAAGCUACUCGAUUUAGUUCUUAUUAAAACGUGUAUGCAACGUGUUAUACAUGCGUAAAUGUAUUUUAUACGUGAAGGAUCACAAAUAAAAUUGUUAAGUGCUAUUUCAUUCAUCAUAUAUCUAUCAUAAAUAAUUCAUCAUAUUUCUUGUUGCUUAAUGUUAACCAAGUUUUUUAUUAUUUCAACGGAAGUGCGAAAGUGUUACAAUAUUGUUAUUUCAUUGAUAGUUUAUUAAAAGAAUGAUAGUUUUUCUUCCAACGUCUAGGAACGCUUAGGCUACCCCUAGACAAGAUAGCUGUUAGGCAAGAACCCAAUGUCGUCUAUGCUUAGCGCUUUCUUGAACCUUGGUUAUUAUAUUUUGUUUACGAUAUCUAAUUUUCUAGGCAAAUGCGGCCCAGUGCUCUACUGUAUCCUGGCUCCGCCGCUGGACAUGCAAUAAUAAUAAUUCAAUUUUUUAGCAAAUGACAUUUUUACUCAACCAAGAGAAUCAAGAUUGACUAAGAAAAUCUUGAGAAUUUAUUAGUAAGGGUAUAUGGAGGGGUAAAAAAGAGAUAAAAUAGGAGAAACAAAAUUCUCACAAAUAAAUAUAUAAAAUCUCUCAAAUUAUGAGAGAUUUAAUAUAUUUAUAUUUUAGAGAUAUUCAAUCUCUGAAAUUAAAAAAUCCAUGAUAAGACAUAACUUUUUGCUAAAUCAAUAGAUUCAAUGAAU